UAACAUCAAGGAGAAUCUCAAGCACAACUUCGAGUGCAACUCAGCACAACUCAUUCCCAAUGAGCCUCUGAAUCAGCGUCCUCUUCAUUGUCCAGAAGUUUCCAGGUUCUUUUUGACCAGAUGACAUGAGAUUCGGCCUUCUGUUGGGGGCAAAUCAAGUGAUUAUCCGAUACUCACCAAAGCCGCCUAUCGCCGAGGCUCCACCUACGAUCCAACCAAACCUCGCAGCUUUUUCUCGCAGCCAGCAGUCUUCAAAACACUCUCCAGUACAUUCUUUGUUCACUCAUCCAUCAUCCAUCAGCAUGCGCUCCGCUGCUGUUAGAGCCCUUCGGAAUGCGAGGCUAAACUCUAGGCAUACAAGACCGCUCAUCCGAAACUAUGCCACAGCACGAGAUCCUCUGCACAAAGACCCUGUCGAAUUAGACCAAAUCACAGAAUUGCCGAAUGGAGUCCGAGUCGCGACCGAAUCGUUACCGGGACCUUUUGCUGGGGUGGGCGUGUACAUUGAUGCUGGGUCGAGAUAUGAAGACGAGUCGCUGCGCGGAGUCAGCCAUAUCGUGGAUCGGCUAGCCUUCAAGUCCACAAAGACACGAUCAUCGGAUCAAAUGCUAGAGGGCCUCGAGUCUCUUGGUGGAAACAUUCAAUGCGCCUCUUCUAGGGAAGCUUUGAUGUAUCAAUCUGCAACAUUCAAUUCCGCCGUCCCCAACACGAUUGCGCUGCUCGCCGAUACCAUUCGAGACCCUCUCAUCACCGACGUAGAAGUGGAACAGCAACUCGACACUGCCCAGUACGAGAUACAAGAAAUAUGGUCUAAGCCUGACCUCAUCAUUCCCGAGCUGAUGCACAUGGCUGCAUACAAAGACAACACGCUCGGCAACCCCCUCCUAUGUCCUCAAGAGAGACUGGGUUAUAUUAAUCGAGAUCUCAUUAUGAAAUAUCGAAGCAGAUUUUACAAACCAGAACGGAUAGUUGUCGCCUUUGCUGGCAUUGAACAUGACUUGGCUGUGAAGUUGACGGAGCAAUACUUUGGAGAUAUGGCCCGGACGGAGACUUCAACAAGCCAACCAUCCGUUGGAUCUACACCCACGGAUACAGCAACCUCGAGUUCACAGUACCAAAAUUCACAGCAAUCUUCUACAAACAAAUUCCUGUCAAAAUUACCAGGAUUUAGCAACUUUUCAACUUCGGCUACCCACCAAGCGACCGUCUCACCAUUGGAUCCAUCACUGCUUCAGCCUGACCCGACGUCACUCUUCUCCCAACCGUCCCAUUAUACUGGAGGCUAUCUAGCACUACCGACACUGCCUGUACCUCAGAAUAAUCUCUCCAUACCGCUAUCACACGUACAUAUCGCAUUUGAAGCCUUACCGAUUUCCUCGGAUGAUAUCUAUGCGCAAGCUACGUUGCAGACUUUACUUGGAGGAGGUGGAUCAUUCUCGGCUGGCGGACCGGGUAAAGGAAUGUAUUCGAGAUUGUACACCAAUGUGCUUAAUCAGCAUGGUUGGGUGGAGAGCUGCGUUGCGUUUAAUCACAGUUACACCGACAGUGGCCUCUUUGGUAUUGCUGCGGCAUGCGAGCCUGGCCGUGUUGGACAUAUGGUCGAUGUCAUGUGUCGCGAAUUGCAGGCACUCACUCUCGAUUCUGGCUUUCCAAGUCUUCAGGCAGCGGAAGUCAAUCGAGCGAAGAAUCAACUACGGUUCAGUCUCCUCAUGAACCUUGAAUCACGUCUGGUAGAGUUGGAGGAUUUGGGAAGACAAGUUCAGGUCCACGGCCGAAAAGUUGGAGUUAAGGAGAUGUGUGACAAGAUCGAAGCCCUCACCGUGGCUGACUUGAGACGUGUGGCGAGGCAGAUCUUCACAGGAAAAGUGGACAAUAGAGGCCACGGCACGGGUGCUCCUACUGUGGUCAUCCAAGAAGGAGAAGAUCCCAGUGGCAGAAAGAUCAAGUCGAUACCAUGGGAAGAUGUUCAAUCCAGGAUAGCCAGGUGGAAGCUAGGACGGUUGUAGGCCUCAGGUACGUCUACCUCUGGACUUUGUACUAUCAUAUCAGAGCCUGGAGCUGUGGACCGGCGCAAAGGGUCCUCGAUACCACUCAAACAAUGUAUUAACACCAUUUCUUGUCGUGUUUCAUUCUCAUGCCAUAAAUUGCCGACGCUUCCUCGCCAAAAUUUCUCAUGAAUCUACCAAAUCGGGGCUUAAGCUUCACUACCCUUGCAGAGCGAUCAAAUCCCUUACGCCGCCAUUUGCAGGAAUUUGAGCACCGUUGAUCCAGCGAGCCUCCUCGGUGGCAAGAAACCCCACCACGAAAGCCACAUCUUCUGGAUCUGCCACUCUUUUCUCUGCAGUACACUGUUGGAUCAUCAUUUCUUGCGGAUCAUCAACAACGGAGCGGUAUAUAUCGAUAGCCUUCUGGAGGGCGUCGGUUUCAGUGGCCCCCACGCUGAUGCUGUUGAAGGUUGCAAGUGUUUUGAUUCCAUAUUGAGCGGCCAGCGAUCUGGUGAAGCUAUCUAGACCGGCUUUUGCAGCUCCAUACAACAUCAUAGGGUCCGCAACCGCUUGCUUCGAUGCGCAACUUGAGAUGUUGAUGACUCGACCACCUCUGGGAGGGAGAUGUGGCAACACAGCAGCGAUGAUGUUGAUGGGUCCGAACAGAUCUCCCUGCAUCAUAUCUCGAAAGUUUUCGACGGUGAUUUUUUCGAAAGGCUCGAACAUUGGCACCUUGGUGAGAACGGCGUUAUUGACCAAAAUGUCAAUCGUCUUGGCCCCUAGUUCCUUUAGGACUCUGUCGACGAGCUGGGGUCCAACAUGAGGAUCGAGGAGGUCAGAGUGAAUAGCAACGACUUUUGCCACACCGAGGCCUCGACACUUCUUGACGACCUCUUCAGCUAAUUCUUUGUUGCUGACAUAGGUUAUGGCGAGAGCAGAAAUUCCCUUUUUUGCAAACUGGAUGGCACACGCAGCACCGAUACCGCGACUACCUCCUGUCACUAUUGCCGUCUUUCCUUCAAGAGACGUGGUAGAUUGCAUGCUUCGUUCACUUGGGCCUUUCGAACGUGAAAUGGUCGUUUGUAUCUUUACGAAGUUGCUGAGACGAGAGCGAGAUAUCUCAGAGCGGCCAUGUGUGCAGGGACUGUCCUUUUAAGACAUGCCUCAAUGUAAGAUUCGGCAUUUCGCAUUCGGGAAUGACCACAAACGAACAAAACAGCACGCCUGAUCCCUCAUGGAGACCUCUACUUGUCGAUGUCCUUCGCUCAUCAUCUUCAAAAGAACGCAAUAUCCAACCAGGAGAACGAGCUAGUUACCCUAAGGGGCUGGUCGAUCAAUCGCCUGUGGCUUACGCGUACGGAGGGAGUGACACGAAUACACCAGAGUUUCUCACUGUCCGUAGGCCGCAACUCGCAAGUUUCGAAACUGGCCAGGAGUACUGCUCAUCCUGGGGCAGUCUGUGUCUGCUAGAGGCUAAAAUCACCGCAAGUCACAGGGAUUUUUGAAUACACAACUAGCCAUUCUAUCGCUCGACCCGCAAUACAACACCUAUGUUGGAGCCGAUGGCCAGGAUAUUCUCACACAGAGUAUUGAGUACGCGUCGAAAGAAAGGCCGUGCUUACCCGAGUCCAUUUAAAGCGUUGCUGACAAUGCUCCAAAGUACAUUCGGAUCAGCGGUGAUAAGUACCUAGGAUCAAAGUGGGUUCAUUCUCGCACAUCAUGCAUGCAUGUAUGCGCUUCCGACCCCAGUGCUGACAUGCUCUGCGGUUCAAUCAUCAAUGCAACGCAAACAGACCCUUCAACUUUUACUUCUGGUCGGCACCACAAUGCCAUCAUGUUGCAAUGUACGAGCAGUCUGUCUGGUCUAUAUCGUCACAAUUAAUUUCUUUGCACUGACACCUUGACCCAUCAGAUCAACCGCGUGUUGCACGGUUUCCAACCCAUGGCCCACCACUUCUGGCGGUGGCAUGCACUUGAUGUCUCCUGACUUGAGUGCUUGAUCCAACCAUGGCCAGAUGGACAAACCGAUGCUUGCCUUGCCAGCCGCAGAAUUGGUCAUCACCUUGACGCCGUGUGUCGCGCUCUGUUCAGCACCAGGUCUGACGGAAGCAACCACCUUCAUCUUUGCGUCGGACCUAUCCAAGAUUUCGCAUACUUUGUCCAGCGUCGAGUCUUUGGAGAUGGCAUCAUAAGCACCCACCACGUCCUUUCCCUUCAAGAAUUCGACAAUAUCAUCGACGACCGCGGGGUUGUUGUGGUCGAAGGUCACUUUUGCUCUGAGACUCUUGACCAUGUCAUGGUUUUUGGCGCUCGCAACCGCAACCACAUCGUAACCGGCCAGCGCUGCCAGCUGUACACCACAGCUUCCGACGCUGCUGCUCGCGCCCCACACAAGAAGGGUUUUGUUUUUGCCCGCGUCACGCCCCGCAGCAGGCAUCGCCAGCCCCAGGAUGUCCGGAGCGAAGAUGCAACUUGCCGCCGUGUACACGCCGAGAGGAAGGACGACUGCGUCGUUGUAAUCGAGACGUGCUGGGACAUGCGCGAUGGCCGGCAUCUUCAAGACGACGUACUCUUGGAAUCCGGAGUAGGCGUACGCUCCGUCCUUCAACAGGAGCGGGGUGGAGGCGCCAAUGACACGGUCGCCGACGGAGAACUUGGAAGUGAGGCUGGGGUGGACUUCCACGACUUCCCCUGCGACAUCGCAGCCUAGUAUUGCAGGGUAGGUGGUCAGGAGGAGGCCUCGUUCCUGAAUGAAAUGGUCGGCAGGGUUGAUGGCGACGGCACGGGUGCGGAUGGUCAGUUCGUCUUCUCCCGGUGACGAGUAUGGAACCGAGGUGACGUGCAUUGUAGGUGAUUGUUUCGAGGGGACGACCGCGGCACUGUUGGUCCGUGUCAUUUUGAUUGACGAGGUGUUGGUUUGAGAUGGGUGGGAACAAGGUCAAGGACAGCAAGGAGUGAGUGUUCGAAGAGGGUGUAUGAAAGUUGCGAGUCCCACGACUAUAGGUGUCCGUACCAGAAUCUAUGAGCGAGUCUUAGGUUUCAACGACUUGUGCCAGAUACGUGACCUUUUAUACACCCAAGGUAUAGUUGUUCCUUAUCAUCACAUAUAACACCGCAAAGUCCGCCCGGAUUUAAUAUAUCACACGCUUCACGAUGGGGGGAAUGCCCCCUGAUACCCUCUGUAACCCAUUGGUGUGCUCUUCAAGGGAUAAUGACCGACACCACGCCAUGAGAUGGAGACACCGGAGACAGCAGAUUGGCAGCAUCACCGUCAGGGUUGUUGUGUUCAAUGAAAUAGACACGAGUACGAGUCUUGGUU